AGCCAUUUUCAGCAUGAAUUUACAAUUACAUCGCAUUCUGGUGCUUUUAAUUUUUGGCGUUUUGCUUUUGAUCCUAUUUUAUACCAUGAAACUACCUGAUACAAACAUCCCAAGGUCAUACAACCAGUCGGCUGUGUCUGCCUUAGCAGAUGCUUGCCAGGCUAUUAUUGAAGGAAAGAGACUUUUUGUGAAAGAAAACAUGCUGAAGACAUCCUUUGGGAAAUUGAACUGCUUGGAUUAUGUGAACCAAAGUCACUACAUUACCCAAACACUCUCUGCAGAAGAAGCUGCCUUUCCUUUAGCCUACAUUGUAACUUUGCACAAAGACUUUGAUACUUUUGAGAGGCUCUUCAGAGCUAUUUAUAUGCCCCAGAAUGUUUACUGUGUCCAUGUGGAUAAGAAGGCUGCAGGCAAGUUUAAGAGAGAGGUGAAGAAAUUGCUGGGCUGCUUCCCCAAUGCUUUCCUUGCUUCGGAAUCAGAGCUGGUGGUUUAUGGUGGGAUAUCCAGACUCCAGGCUGACCUGAACUGCAUGAGAGAUCUUGUCAGAUCAGUGGUGCCCUGGAAAUACCUCCUCAACACGUGUGGGCAAGAUUUCCCCUUGAAAACCAACAAGGAAAUAGUUUGGUACCUGAAAGGAUUGAAAGGGAGGAACAUCACUCCUGGGGUGUUGCCUCCCCCUCACAUUAUCAAGAGGACGAAGUACAUCUACAGAGAACAAGUGUACAGUCUCUUUACCUUCAUGCUGGGGACGUUUGUAUGGAAAGAGUCUCCUCCGCAUGAUCUGACCAUCUAUUUCGGCUCUGCUUAUGUUGCUCUUACAAGGGCAUUUGCAGACUUCAUACUCAAAGACCAGCGUUCCAUUGACCUCCUAGAAUGGUCCAAGGACACCUAUAGUCCCGAUGAACAUUUCUGGGUGACACUGAACAGGAUACCAGGUGUCCCUGGUUCCAUGCCAAACGCUUCUUGGGAAGGUAACCUGAGAGCAGUGAAGUGGAGCACUGGAGGCCAGUCCCAUGGAGGAUGUCAUGGUCAUUACAUCAGGGACAUUUGUAUCUAUGGAACCGGUGACCUGAAGUGGCUGCUGAACUCCAAAAGCCUGUUUGCCAACAAAUUUGAGCUCAGAACAUACCCACCUACUGUGGAGUGCCUGGAACUGACACUUCGGGAGAGGGCAUUGAACCAGAGUGAGAUACCAGUGGAGCCAAGUUGGUACUUUCAGUGAAAAGAAAGAAAGGAAUUGGUGAACAGAAGCAAUAAUGUAGAGCCAACAUUCUGGAAGAAUCAGGUUUACUUUGAAAUCAUACAUCUUUAGGAUGUUCAAUA